AAAAAAAACCACCAACGCACCACUUGUGAAACCACCACAGAUUAAUCGAACAAACAAAAUUGCCAACUACUCUGAUGAUGAUGAUAUAAAUAAACAAUUGACAAACACCAGCAUCGUUUGUCUCUGAUGAAAACUGGCGUCACUAUCGUAGCAAUAUUAUCAGGGUGAGAUGCUGCGCUUGCACUGUUGCACAUAUGGACAUACCCACCUGCUCUCGUCACAGCAAACAGACAGAGCUGAGCUUGUCUUGCUUCUUUUUUUUAGUGCGGCAACCGGGAGCUUUAUCUCCAGCUUUCCUUUCCAGGUUCCCUGCUCACAAUCACAGGCACAAAAUGGAACAUGCCUGCGUCUCCUCUCUGCGAGUGCUAUGGCUGACCCUGCUGCCUGCGGUCUUGAUCUGCGUCCUCCUCUUCUCCUACCUCUGGACCAUCCUAUGGCUGAGACCGGAGAGGAUCAGGCAGAGACUGAGGCGGCAGGGAGUGAAGGGCCCCAAGCCUUCUCUCCUCCUGGGGAACAUACCGGAGAUGAGGAGGGUUCAGAAGCAGCUGGCCGAAUCUGACCACCAAGAACAACAAGAAGCAGCAGCAGGGGGCAGCCAUCGCUUCUCUUCCAAUUACAUGACCGCUCUGUUCCCAUACUUCCACCACUGGAACAGGGUCUACGGUUCCAUCUACCUGUAUUCCACCGGAAACAUCCAGUCUUUGUUUGUGACGGAUCCAGACAUGGUGAAGGAGCUGGCCAACUGCAAGUCUCUGGACCUUGGAAAGCCUCGCUACCUGCAGAAGCAGCUUGGAGCUCUUCUUGGCACGGGAAUCUUGACGGCAAACGGUGACCUUUGGGCACAUCAACGGAAGGUGAUCGCACCACACUUCUUCAUGGACAAGGUUAAGGGAAUGGUGGAUUUGAUGGCGGAGUCUGCAAAUGAAAUGCUGGUUUCAUGGGAAGAUAUAGUUGACAGGGGAGGUGGCAGUGCAGAGGUGGUGGUUGAUGAGUUCUUGAGGAACUUCUCGGCUGAUGUCAUAUCAAGAGUUGCUUUCGGGAGCAGGUUUUCUGAAGGCAAGGAGAUAUUCAGCAAGAUUCGACAGCUUCAGGUGGCAAUGGCAAAGCAAGAUAUCUUUGCUGCUCUUCCUGGUAGUAGAUACUUACCAACACAGCGCAACAGAGAGAUUCAGAAGCUAAGCGCAAGCAUCCGCGACCUCAUCUUGGACAUAGCGAGGAGGCACGAAGAAGAACACGACGAUCCCCCGGCGACAUCGUCUGCGAGCAGCAGCGACGGCCUCCUGCGUUCCAUCGUCGAGGGCGCCAAGGCCGCCGCCGGCGCCUUCAGUUCAUGCACGGCCGAGGACUUCAUCGUGGACAACUGCAAGAACAUCUACUUCGCAGGGCACGAGACGACGUCGACCACCGCCGCCUGGUGCCUGAUGCUCCUCGCCUCGCACCCAGAAUGGCAGUCCCGCGCGCGCGCCGAGGUCCUGGAGGUUCGCCGCCAGCAGGGACAAAAGCCGGUGGACGCGGACACGAUCCGGAAGCUGAAGACGGUGGCGAUGGUGGUCCAGGAGACGCUCCGGCUGUACCCGCCGGCGCCGUUCGUGACGCGGGAGGCGCUGCGCGACGUGACGCUCGGCGGGCUGCACGUUCCGAGCGGCACCGGCGUCCGGGUGCCCAUAGCGCUGGCGCACCGGGACCCCGCCGCGUGGGCCGCCGGCGGCGAGCCCGACGGGUUCGACCCGGGGCGGUUCGCCAACGGCGUGGCGGGCGCGUGCAGGCCGCCGCACAUGUACAUGCCGUUCGGCGUCGGCGCGCGCACCUGCGCCGGGCAGAACCUCGCCGUGGUGGAGAUCAAGGUCGUGCUGGCGCUCCUCCUGCCCAGGUUCGAGCUCGCGCUGUCGCCGGGGUACGUGCACCGCCCGGCGUUCAGGCUCACCGUCGAGCCCGGGAGCGGCGUGGCUCUGGUGCUUAAGAAGCUCUGCUGAUUGCCUGAUUGAUUACACUAAUACACCAUGGACGUUUGUUGUUAACAAGGCUGUGAACGUGUCGUGAUCGAGCUACAGUUUGCGUGUUGCACUACUGCUUCACAGACUUGGUCCAGAUACUCGCCGUUUCAGCUCGGGUUAUGAUGUUUUUUUCGGCGAUAAUUUGGUCUCCUGGUGUUCAAAGCCCCAGCACACCGUGUCUCGCUCCAGUGCCGAGGCCGAUUAUAUAGGCUGUCGUUAAUGCCAUGGCAGAAAUCUCAUGGCUCCGACAGUUAGUUCAUGAGAUUCAUUUCUGUCCUCGGCAUUCCUCCGUUGUUUUUUAUGAUAAUGUUAGUGUAGUUUAUCUCUCGACCAAUCCAGUGCAACAUCAGCGCACUAAACAUGUUAAGAUCGAUCUUCAUUUGGUAAGGAACAAAGUUGCUACAGGGGAAAUUCGAGUUCUUC